AAAUAGUUUACUAAUAAUUAUAAUAAAUGUUAUUUUAAAUUAAAUUUUGGUUGAUGAUUUUUUUUCAAGUUGUUAUUUUGUUGGUUAAUGAAAGAAAAUUAAUUUUUUUGAAAAACUCAAUUAAAAGCUGCAAGUAAAAAAACUGUAAAUAUUAAUAAAUUAUUAUAAAUAAAAUUAAAGUAAAAUGAGUAAGCGACCUGAGCACCAAGGCCCUCCAGAAAUUGUCUACAAUGAGAGUGAAGCUCGUAAAUACACAUCAAAUUCUCGAAUAAUGGAAGUACAAAGGGAGCUAUCAGAAAGAGCAAUAGAAUUAUUAAAUCUGCCCGAAAACGAUGGCCAUCUCAUACUGGAUAUCGGAUGUGGUUCAGGAUUGAGUGGGGAAUGUUUAACAGAAGGGAAUUACAAUUGGGUAGGUCUGGAUAUCAGCAAACAUAUGCUCGAUAUAGCCCAGGAAAGAGAGGUGGAGGGUGACUUGCUGCUGCUUGACAUGGGGGAUGGCAUGCCCUUUCGACCAGGCAGCUUUGACGGGGUCAUUAGUAUAUCUGCCCUUCAAUGGUUAUGCAAUGCUGAUAAAGGACAACACAAUCCUGCCAAUAGAUUGUUUAAAUUCUUCAGUACACUAUAUUCAUCUAUGGUUAGAGGAGGAAAAGCUGUCUUUCAAUUCUACCCUGAAAAUGAUGCACAGUUGCAGUUGAUAAUGAAGCAGUCCGUUAAAGCCGGUUUCGCUGGUGGCCUUGUUGUGGACUACCCUAACAGCUCGAAAGCUAAGAAAAUGUUCCUAUUUUUAUACACUGGAGGCGCUCCACAAGCAAUACCACACGGCUUGGGUACAGAAGAAGCCAACCAACGAACCGUUCAGCAGCAAGUUGUAUGCGCAUCUAAAAGGCCCAAGUACAAAGAUUUGAAAGGUCAGUCGGCCAAGUUGAGUCACCGUGAGUGGUUGUUGGAGAAGAAGGAGAGAAGGAAGAGGCAGGGGCGAGAAGUUCAUCCAGACUCAAAGUAUACUGGCCGAAAAAGAGCAGGAAGAUACUGAUGAAAGAGAGAGAGAGAGAGAGAGAGAAAAAAAAAAGAGGGAGAAAUGUUAUAUAUGUAGUUAAUUAUUCAUUGAACGUUUGGCUAUGUGGUCUAUGGAGACAUAACUUGAAAUGUAGUUACAUCGAGUAUUUUCAUCAUUAAUUGAUGUCCAUGUAUCCUCUGUUUUUUUUCUUUAUUUUAAACUUUGUUCAAUAUGUAGGAAUACAAAUUUUCUCUCAAUCAAA